UUCGUAGAAGGCGCUGUGAUUACACGGUUGCUAGGAUACAGUGAGAGGCCUUCGCGGGUUUAGGCCGCCGGAUAAAGCACGGCGGAGAGGCUAUUUCGUCUCGUAAGGUGGGACGCACCGGGCACCCGUGGCAUAAGCAGCCAGGUCCUGCUAGGACAGUGACUUGAGUAGAGAUGUCUUUCUGCCUGGCUGAGCUGUACCUGUGGUCUUUAAAGAAUACCUUACACGCUGGAGAUGAAGAACUUGGUGUAUGCAAGUACCACGAGAAGAAGGAAGCAGCUCAAUACCCGGACUAUGGAUACACUGAAGAGAAGCAGCAGCUUGUAGAAUCACGUGGCUUCCCCUGGAUUCUGAAGAACAAGCGUCCAGAGAAACUUCGAGACGGUCUCCGGGAGCUUGAGGAGCUGAUGCAGAGCAGUCCGUGUGUACUGAGCAAAUGGAAGAACAAAUAUGUCUGUCAGCUUCUCUUCGGUUCAGGUGUGCUUGUGUCUUUAAGCCUUUCAGGGCCACAGCUGGAGAAGGUGGUGAUUGAUAGGACCCUGGUGGGGAAGCUCGUCUCAAACCCCAUCAGUGACGCUGUAUUUACAGACAGUUUCAUCAUCUUGUCGUUUCUCAAGGAAAACAAAAUUUGUCUCGUUCAGUUUACAAAGAAAACAGGUUCUCCUGAUAUCAACAGGCAUUUAGAGAAACUUUCUUCUCUGGAUUUUAAGAUUUCAUAUAUUGAUAUUCCCGGGCCAAAGGUGAGACACUUGUACCGCCAUCUUGCUAUCAACUGCAUGCAGGAUCUCGCCAUUUGCUAUUGGCCAAUGCCAGCUGACGAUGUUUGGCCUUGGUCUCCAGUUUCAAGCGAGAGGGACAGAGCCAACAUAGUCCUUUUAGGAUGCACCCUAAACAGACUCGAGGUUCUGAGUUACAUCCGUACAGAAGGAGAUCUGCUAGACGCUGGCUUUAGCAUUAACCAGCCUUAUCAGGUCUAUACAGUGGAGCACUCAGUGAAUUCAGACAAAGAGCCCAUGGCUGACAGCUGCAUAUAUGAAUGUGUCAGGAACAGGAUUCAGUGUGUAUCAGUCACCAGAAUUCCUCUAAAGUCCAAAGCCAUCAGCUGCUGCAGAAACGUCGCUGAGGACAAACUGGUUGUUGGUUGCGAAGACUCUUCUUUAAUCCUGUAUGAAGCCCAUCGCAGAAUGACUCUUGUAGUCCAAGCAGAGUUACUACCUUUGCUUAUAAGGUGGCAUCCCUCUGGAAGUCUAUUUGUGGUUAGCAGCAAUCAGGGAGAACUGCAAAUCUUUGACAUGGCGUUGUCACCUCUGCGUGUCCAACUUCUGGCUGAAGAUGUUUUGCCUAAAUCUACUCUCCAAUGCAGUAAACAGUUUGAUGUGUCCAGCAGCCUGGCCGAGAUGCAGUGGACUGUUCCAUACCCGUCAUGUGCUGACAAUGCCGACAUCCACAAUCUGUUAUUUCUGAGGUUUGAUGGUGGACCAUUAGGAGUGCUUCGAUUUAAACUAGGUGCCGUUUCAAAAGGACAACUGGGCCCCAUGGAGAUCAUCUCGCAAUACCUGCGCUUUGAUGAGAUAGAUGAAGCUAUCGGUAUACUCGGCAGUAUGAACUGGGACACCAGAGCACCUCAGUGUUACGCAUGCAUGAAUGCCAUUGUGAACCAUCUCUUGAGGCAGAAACUUACUCCUGCGAGAGAAGCCCAGCUGGAGGCCACCCUCGGAACCUUCUACUCCCCAACAAGGCCGCUCUUGGACACCACCAUCUUGGAAUAUAGGGAUCCAAUAAGCCGUUAUGCUAGAAGAUUUUUCCACCAUCUUCUAAGAUAUCAAAGAUUCGAGAAAGCAUUCCUGCUUGCUGUAGAUAUUGGUGCACGGGACCUGUUCAUGGACAUCCAUUACCUUGCACUAGAUAAGGGUGAAUUGGCACUGGCUAAAGUGGCAAAGAAAAAGGCUACGGAAAUAGAUGCAGAAUCAAUAAGCUCUGGAGUUGACACGGUGGCCGCAGAUGAUAUUAAUGAAGCCUUUGUUGAUCUUUCGUUGGUCCCACAAGAAGAACAAGAAGAGCGUUCAAGAACCAGACAAUUAGUUCACAUAGAGAAUGAGAUUGGAAUAGAAGUCUAUGCUGAAUCGCUGGAUAAAGCACUACCUUGGAAUCGGGGGCGCUCCAAAGAAGAUUUUGAUAGAGAGGUAAUUAUCAUCAAUCCAAUAUAUCUCAUCAUAUCCAGCCCAUUUGCAACAAACAUAUUUCCAACCUUAUAA